GGGAGAUAGUCUAGUAUUAAGCCUUAAAAUCAAAAUGGCGUAUUUCCAAUGACAAUAUAUGACUGUAAUUGAGAGAACAUAUUGGAAGAAUGUCUAUUAUUGUUGUCAUUUUCUCUGUUUUCAUCUGUCAUAUCUCAAGUACUGACGUUAUGCUUCAAUAUGAGGCGAGUGAAGUCGCUGGAGAUCAAAUGCCUGACCAGGUCAAUGUAACUUUUCGCACAGAAACAAAAUCUCUAACCAAACUUAAUCUCAGACGCUCGCGGCAUUUUAACCUCGAUAUUCCUUUGUAUAGUUUGGACACCGACCAGGAAGGAAUUUUCCAUAGGCAUAAAGUGAAAACCAAUCCCAAAAAGACGGUCGCUUCUUCAAGUUUUAUAGACAGGGACGCUAGUUACGAUGAGAUGAAUGCGGACACAGCGAUAGAUAAUCUACAAGCAUUUAACAUAGGCUCUGGGAGUAGCAUCGUUGGCAUUUAUGAUCACGUGAUGCUGUUAACAGGGUAAGAAUUACCCUACAUUACUUAGUAGCCCCCCCCCCCCCAACUAAAAAAAAAA